AUGGACGACGAACUGGAUACUUCGGAAAUCAAAAGUUGGCGAUCAAUCAUCACCCUAAUUAUUUUUGUUAUAACUAAUAUAAUUGUCCUUUUCCCAUUUCACAUCCCUAUAUACGUGCCUCGAUGGCUCACAAACGGGAUUCUGGACCUAUUAAGUGUCAUACGCAUAAUACCACACCGGACUCGCCCUCGAUACAAUCAAAAGCAACCCAUUUUCGUGAAACUCUGCUUUCCAUUGAACUUCAUCACGGCACCUUUAACAGCGGACCUAUUCCUUCUCGCGAUUCUGGCAAUCGGCCGAAAAGAGGUACACGAUGGAAUAGUCGGCGCAGACAACAUCAAUCCCAUUGAUAUCAUGGUCUUCUUCCUCACACUCGCCUACAUUGCCAUCUCGAUUGACGCCUCCGGCCUCAUCAGAUACCUGGCCUUCAAGGUCCUCCAAAAAGCAGGCAAGGUCGGCCACCGACUCUUCUUCUACCUGUUCCUUUUCUUUUUCGGACUAGGCAGCUUCAUCGGAAACGACCCGAUCAUCCUAUCCGGCACGGCGUUCCUCGCAUACAUGACCCGCGUAUCCAGCAAUAUCGUCCACCCCCGAGCCUGGAUCCACAGCCAGUUCGCCGUAGCCAACAUCGCCUCUGCGAUUCUCGUCUCCUCGAACCCCACCAACCUGGUCCUUGCCGGCGCUUUCAAGAUCAAGUUCAUCGUCUACACGGCCAACAUGAUCGUUCCCGUAGUCGUCACGGCGAUUAUCCUGUUCCCGUUCCUGCUAUAUAUCAUUUUCGCAGACGAAUCCCUCAUUCCUCUCUCUAUCACAAUGCACGAGCUGUCCGAGGACCAAAAGAAAAAAGCACCUGUGAAUCCCAACAUCCCUCAUGCCAGAGGAACCGCCGAGGAGAAAGAGGAAGCUGAUGAUAAGGAGGGAAAGCAACUCUCACUAGAAGAGAUCAUGAACCCAUUCUUAGAUAGGAAGGGUGCAUCUUUUGGGGGUUUGAUUAUGGCCACCACGCUUAUCACCCUCCUGGCAAUCAAUGCAUCAGGCAAAGAGCAUCCCGUUUUCUGGGUCACAUUACCCGCUGCUUUCGUUAUGUUCUGCUGGGAUCUCGUCUUCGGCUGGCUCCAUCGCCAAGAAACCCGUGAGAUUUCCGCGAAGGGUCGACGGGAGGUUGAGCAAGCACGGACAGAGCGAGAAAUGCGCGAACGCAUAGCGCUGCCGGAAAAGAUGGAUCCAGGGACGUUGACAUCGGACCAGGCGGAUCAAUAUGAUGCAUCAGGCCUGCACCACCGCAGUGAGCAUACAGACUACGACAUCUCGCUCAAGAGCACCGAUAGUGAUAUCGCCUCGAAGGAUUUCGAUCCAGAAUGCGGAACGCCCUUGUCAGUCUCUGUGCCCGUUGACAAGGAAAAGUUCCCAGAACUACAGCUACCAGGCGGUGUUGUGAUGGACAGCAAACAACUAGCUCGUGCAAGUUCUCCCCAGGCACUGGACUCGCGACAAACCACCGACUCGACGAUAUACAAUGGGAAACCGGGAUAUACCCAGACACUGGACUCGCCACAAACCACCGAAUCAACGAUAUACGAGGAGAACCCAGGAUAUCCAUAUCACCAAGACAGCGCCCCAUGCAGCCUGGUAUCACUCGCUACCGAUCUCUACAAAUGGUCCCAGGAGACAUUCCCCACGACGACAGUCGUAGUCUCCCACAUGCCAUUCGCACUAGUACCCUUCGCGUUCACGAUGUUCAUCCUGGUACAGGCGCUCGUCACCAAGGGCUGGGUGCCUGUUUUCGCGUACGGCUGGGACCACUGGGUCGAAAAGACCGGGACAAUCGGCAGUAUCGGUGGAAUGGGCUUCCUAUCUGUGAUUCUGUGCAAUUUCGCCGGAACAAAUAUCGGCACCACGAUCCUCCUCUCGCGCGUCAUCCAGGCAUGGCAGAAGAUCCACGAAGCCAGCGGAAUCCCUAUCAGCGAUCGCACAUGGUGGGCUACCGUUUACAGCAUGGCUCUCGGUGUCAAUUAUGGUGCUUUCAGUACUGCGUUUAGUGCGUCGCUGGCUGGGCUGCUGUGGCGGGAUAUUUUGGCGAGGAAGCAUAUCCGUGUUGGGAGUUUGGAAUUUGCCCGUGUGAAUCUUCCUAUUAUUGCUAUUUCGAUGGUGGUUGGGUGUGCGGUUCUCGCUGGGGAGGUUUAUAUUGUUAGGAGUGAUAAGCCAUAUGUACCGGCUUGA